UUCAGAAAUCCAAGUUUUCCGUCUCUGAAACUUCGACUACGAACUUCGUGCAUGUCUUCCCUCCCUCUGUCGCAGAUUUCUCUGCCUCUCAGACUCUGGCUCCGCCCCAACCCACGCCUCUUCGUGCAUCAUACACGGUUCAUCCCCAGGAAUCCUCACUCGACGUCUGGUCUACACUUCCACAGCAGCACUCUUACGUUUAUCCUUCUCCUCAAGAGUAUUCCUCGUCCUCUUCUUCGUCGGGGACUUACGGUCGCAGACGUCGAAAGCUUCGACGUAAUGUCCCUCUGAGCAUCAUUCCGGCAGACCCACAAGAAGUCCUUUCCAGACAGUUA